GGCAUGGAUAUUGAAUUUAUGAAACGUUUGCAUGAAAAAGUAAAUAUCAUCCCACUAAUUGCCAAAGCAGACACACUCACACCAGAGGAAUGUCAACAGUUUAAAAAGCAGAUAAUGAAAGAAAUCCAAGAACAUAAAAUUAAAAUAUAUGAAUUUCCAGAAACAGAUGAUGAAGAAGAGAAUGAACUGGUUAAGAAGAUAAAGGACCGUUUACCUCUUGCUGUGGUAGGUAGUAAGUAAUACUAUCAUCGAAGUUAACGGCAAAAGAGUCAGAGGAAGGCAAUAUCCUUGGGGUGUGGCUGAAGUUGAAAAUGGUGAACAUUGUGAUUUUACAAUUCUAAGAAAUAUGUUGAUAAGAACACACAUGCAGGAUUUGAAAGAUGUUACUAAUAACGUACACUAUGAGAACUACAGAAGCAGAAAACUAGCAGCAGUGACUUACAAUGGAGUGGAUAACAACAAGAAUAAAGGACAAUUUACUAAGAGCCCUCUGGCACAGAUGGAAGAAGAAAGAAGGGAACAUGUAGCCAAGAUGAAGAAGAUGGAGAUGGAGAUGGAGCAGGUGUUUGAAAUGAAGGUCAAAGAAAAAGUUCAAAAACUGAAGGACUCUGAAGCUGAGCUCCAGCGGCGCCAUGAGCAAAUGAAAAACAGUUUAGAAGCACAACACAAAGAAUUAGAGGAAAAACGUCGCCAGUUUGAAGAAGAGAAAGCAAACUGGGAAGCUCAACAACGCAUUUUAGAGCAACAGAACUCUUCAAGAACCUUGGAAAAGAACAAGAAGAAAGGCAAGAUCUUUUAAACUCUAUUGACCACCAGUUAUGUAUUAGUUGCCAAUAUACCAGCUUGGACAUCCGUGUUUGUUGGAUCCGUUUGACCAAUUUGCACCAAUUUUAUCCAUAAUGAUGGAUUAACAGCAUGACAAAAAUUAUUUUUUGUUGUUCUCGACUGAGAUUAAGAUGCCUUGAAUUGUCUAGGAUAUUGUGUACUUAGAAAUUAACAGCUCUAAGUACCUUUCUACAUUUUCUUUUGUUUUUUAAAUUAAAAAGAUGUCUUCAGUUUAAUGCAAGAAAACAUUUUACUGUU